UGGUACAGACACUACCUCAGGUACAUUGUCUUGGGUUCUCUCACUACUUCUCAACAACCGUGAAGUUCUAAACAAGGCUAUACACGAAUUAGACACACAAAUUGGAAAGGAUAAGAUGGUUGUGGAAUCAGACUUGCAGAAGUUGGAGUAUCUCCAAGCCAUUCUCAAGGAAACAUUGCGCUUGUAUCCACCAGGACCACUCAGUGUGCCACACGAGUCCAUGGAAGACUGCAUCGUUGGUGGAUACCAUGUGCCCGCUGGCACACGUCUCUUGACUAACAUUUCAAAAAUUCAACGAGAUCCCCUGUUAUAUGUGCACCCGUUGGAGUUCCGCCCAGAGAGAUUCCUCACAACACACAAGGACAUUGAUGUCAGGGGACAACAUUUUGAAUUGAUUCCAUUCGGUGCAGGCAGACGAAUGUGUCCCGGUCUCUCAUUCGCUCUUCAAACGAUGCAACUAACACUUGCUACUCUGCUACAAGGGUUUGACAUUGCGACUCUUGAUGGAGGACCAGUCGAUAUGCUUGAACGUGUUGGGUUAACCAAUAUCAAAGCCUCUCCGCUCCGAGUCAUUCUUACUCCGCGUCUCUCUGCCCAUGCUUACGCUGAAAUUUAA